AAACUUGCUUGCUUUCACAGUGUACUAGGAGAUGAGGUGCUGGGGGUGUGGCCGCGAAACGCUGAAAAGGCUGACGUCAAUUGUGCUUGCGUCUCUCAUGCCGGCCUCAAUGUAGUCACCGGGGAUGACUUUGGCCUUGUCAAGCUUUUUGACUUUCCAUGCAUUGAAAAAUUUGUAAGCAUUUUCCACGUGACUACCAAUUUACACCCAUUUUUUUUAUACCAACAUUAGUGAUUUUAUUGAUAUUAUAAAAAUGUACCUCAUAGUCUUAGACUUGAGAAUGUGAAUUUCUAUAUUUUCUGCAGUUGAAAUAAUAAUUGUUUUACUUAUAAUAAUAUAACUAUUAUACAUUUAUCUUUUCAUAGGCCAAACACAAGCGCUACUUUGGCCACUCGGCUCAUGUGACAAAUAUACGUUUCUCCUACGAUGACAAAUAUGUGAUCAGUGCAGGUGGCAAUGACUGCAGGUAA